AUGUGCAAUGCCAUCCUGCUUCAUCUUGAGGUUCAGCACCCACACUCUCAGUACAAACGUUUGAACAGCAGUGUCCCAGUGCUUAAACUGUACUUCGAGGGUGAUGGGUGCCUGCUGAAGGACUUCAGGAUCCGCCGAGACUCCCUGGAGGCCUUGAUGCGGUGUCUGGGGCCUGAGAGGAGACAGGCCUGGGGACACCACAUGACUGUCUUGACGACCGUGUACUGGCUGGCACACGGUUUGUCAUACAGUGUGGUGUCCCGGGCCUUUCAGGUACCCCUCUCAACGGUCCACAGACUGGUCCACCAGGGAGUGGAGGACAUCGCUGCUCUCCGGCAUUCCCUCAUCAAGCUGCCUGCUGGUCCAGAGCUGGAGGAGGUCGGGCAGGGCUUCCAGCAGUUGGCCAACAGCCCGGCAUUCAGUUCCUGUGUGGGUGCAAUAGACGGGUGCCACAUACGCAUCAGGACCCCAUCCGGACCCACUGGCCAGGAUUAUGUGAAUAGGAAGCUCUUCCCAUCCAUACAGCUGCAGGCUGUAUGCGAUGGGAAGGGGAGAUUCCUACAAACAUUUGUAGGAUUUCCGGGCUCAGUCCACGACACCCGUGUCAUGAAGCACAGUGCCCUCUAUAAAGAGGCUCUUUAUCCUCCUCCAGGGUACUUCAUUGUGGGGGAUGGUGGCUACCCCUGCAUUGUACACCCCAUAAUGAUUGUAACCCCGUAUCGGGAGCCACUACAGGGGAGGGUACAGAGCCGAUUCAACGGCUGCCAUGCAAAAGCACGCAGCAUAAUAGAGCGCGCUUUCGGGAAACUGAAGGUGCGAUGGAGGUGCCUCCUGUCGAAGGCCUUGGAGGUCAACCAUAACUUUGUCCCUGCUGUGGUCACUGCCUGCUGUGUCCUACACAACAUCUGCCUUACUGCAGGAGACAUUCUUGAACUGUUGGAGGAGGAGGAGCAGGAGGGGGUAGAGAGGUCUCCACCUCGUCCUGUGAGGGGGGGCGAGGUGGACAGGGCCGGAGAGACAGACUGGCAGACCAAAUCUCGGCUCCUGACCACAACCCAGUCCAGCUGCAGGACCACGAUUACUGCUGAGAGGAUAUAUGUUUUUGGCCAGUUUUUUUGUUACCCAUUAGUUUUGUUGACAGGUUAA